AUGCAGCCGGCAAUGAUGAUGUUUUCCAGUAAAUACUGGGCAAGAAGAGGGUUUUCCCUGGAUUCAGCGGUGCCCGAAGAGCAUCAGCUACUUGGCAGCUUAACUGUGUCUACCUUCUCAAAGCUAAAUAAAGCUAACUCUGGCAAAAAUGAUGAUAAAAAAGACAACAAAGGAACCAGCAAAAGUGAAACUGCUACUGAAAGUGGCAAGACGGCGGUUGUAUUCUCUUUGAAAAAUGAAGUCGGCGGAUUGGUCAAAGUGCUGAAACUCUUUCAGGAAAAACAUGUCAACAUGGUUCACAUCGAGUCCAGGAGAUCCCGGCGAAGAGGUUCAGAGGUGGAGAUCUUUGUGGACUGUGAGUGUGGCAAAACAGAAUUCAAUGAACUCAUUCAGUUGCUGAAAUUUCAAACUACAAUCAUGAUGCUGAAUCCGCCAGAGAACAUUUGGACAGAGGAAGGAGAGCUAGAGGAUGUGCCCUGGUUCCCCCGGAAGAUCUCUGAAUUGGACAAAUGUUCUCACAGAGUUCUCAUGUAUGGUUCUGAGCUUGAUGCUGAUCACCCAGGAUUUAAGGACAAUGUCUAUCGACAGAGAAGAAAGUAUUUUGUGGAUGUGGCCAUGAGUUAUAAAUACGGUCAGCCCAUCCCCAGGGUGGAGUACACAGAGGAAGAAACGAAAACGUGGGGCGUUGUAUUCCGGGAGCUCUCCAAGCUCUAUCCCACACAUGCUUGCCGGGAGUAUUUGAAAAACUUCCCUCUGCUGACUAAAUACUGUGGCUACAGGGAAGACAACGUGCCCCAACUUGAAGAUGUCUCCAUGUUUCUGAAAGAAAGAUCUGGCUUCACGGUGAGGCCAGUGGCUGGAUAUCUGAGUCCCCGAGACUUUCUGGCAGGACUGGCCUACAGGGUGUUCCACUGCACCCAGUACAUCCGGCAUGGCUCGGACCCCCUCUACACCCCAGAACCAGACACGUGUCACGAGCUCCUGGGACAUGUUCCACUGCUUGCAGAUCCUAAAUUUGCUCAGUUUUCCCAGGAAAUAGGCCUGGCAUCUCUGGGAGCAUCAGAUGAAGACGUGCAGAAACUAGCCACGUGCUAUUUCUUUACAAUUGAGUUUGGCCUGUGCAAGCAAGAAGGGCAACUGCGGGCAUAUGGAGCAGGACUACUUUCUUCCAUUGGAGAGUUAAAGCAUGCUCUUUCUGACAAGGCAUGUGUGAAAGCCUUUGACCCGAAGACAACUUGCUUGCAGGAAUGCCUUAUCACCACCUUCCAGGAAGCCUACUUUGUUUCAGAAAGUUUUGAGGAAGCCAAAGAAAAAAUGAGGGACUUUGCAAAGUCAAUUACUCGUCCCUUCUCAGUGUACUUCAAUCCCUACACACAGAGUAUUGAAAUUCUGAAAGACACCAGAAGUAUUGAAAACGUGGUGCAGGAUCUCCGCAGCGAUCUGAACACAGUGUGUGAUGCCUUGAACAAGAUGAAUCAGUAUCUGGGGAUUUGA